CUCGUGAAAAAAUUCUGACCCUGACAUCAAUGGACGGACGACUUUUGUUCUGAUAUUAAAAUCACUGUUUGUUCUCUGCGCUUCCAGUGUUAUGGAACAAAAAUAGUCAUCAAGUUAUCAACAACAGGCGUCGCAGUUACAGCAUACAGGUUACAAAAUGUCCAGUGAUGAUGAAAAAUUUGGUAAAGAAACAGAAGACGACGAUAUUGGUUAUUCUUUGGAAUCCCCUCUGUGCUCUCCCUUGCCUGAAAACAGACAAACCUGCCCUUCUUGCAAUAACAGGCUAAAACAGCCUAUGGUGUUGAACUGUCUGCACGUUUUCUGUAUGGACUGUUUGGAAAAGCAGAUCGAAGAUAAAACAGAAGAUGGAUCGUCUUGUUACUCAUUGGAAUGUGAGAAGUGCAAGCAGGAGACUGCAAUACCACCAAAUGGCGUGUCUGACCUAACCCCUGAUUAUGUCCUUGCUGAUCUCAUUGAACUGUCGGACAUGGAGGAUAUGCAGGCAAUCUGCACCAGCUGCAAGGCAAAAGAGAAGGCAGUGGCUAGAUGUCAGGACUGCGCUAACUAUCUAGGACCAAACUGUGUUACUGCCCAUCAGUUUAUGAGAUGUUUUGAAAAACACAAGGUUAUUCUUUUGAAAGACAUGAAGAAUGGGGAUCCAUCCAAUGUCCACCGACCAGUUUCCUGCAACGAACACCCAUCAGAAAACUUGAAAAACUACUGCAAGACCUGCAAUGUUCUGAUCUGCAGCGAGUGCAUGCUGACCAGUCAUAAGCCUCCCCAGCAUGUCCCUGAGAAAGUGCAAGACCUGGAGAGCUCUGAGAGGGAGUUCCUCAAUAAUAUGAUCAGUGAAAGUAAAUCCAAGAUUACGGCUUGUGAGGAGGCUGCCUCCCAUUUAAUGACUGCGCUGACAGAACUCCAGAACCAGAGGGACAAUGCUAAAGACUUGAUCAAUGAAACAUUCCAGAGCUACAAGGCUCUUCUAGAAAAAAGAAAGGAUGAGCUAUUGACAGAGUUGGAUAUUCUGAAGAAUGAGAAGGAGCUGGCGCUGAUGGACAUGUGUCACAACAUGGAGAGGUCUGUAGAGAGACUGGAGGACGGGGUUGCCUUCUCAGAGCACAUUCUCGUCAAUGGCAGUGCCCUCCACUUGCUGCUGAUGAAGAAAGUCAUCUCCAGGCACAUGCUGAGUCUUAUCAGCACUACCCCCCUGCAGGGAACCAAUGUUUGCAUAGAGUUCCAGACAGAUAACCAGAAGUUUGAAAAAGCUUUGUGGGAUAAGUUUGGUCACUUCAAGAAGGAGGAGCCAGAAAUAAAGCAGCCUGAAAGGCCACUGAGUUCUCUGCACUCCUCAUUUGAAAAUGAAGGCUUCAACCAUCUUCAGUCUGGUUUGAUCAGUCCCGACACAACUAUCAUGCCCCAGGCCCAUCAUGACUAUAUCGGCAUGACCCCCAUUUCUAGAGCCUUGGUCAGCGGAAUGGCCGAUAUGCAUUUAGAUGGCCUCUCCAGUAUGUCCAACAAUACUAUGCCUGGUGUCAUGAGAAGCAAGUCAACUAUUGAACACCGCAGUGUGUCGCGCAACUCUCACAGUCCCGCCAUGUCUGACAGUGGAAUAUCUAUGGAAGCUGGCAGCACUGGCAGCAGCUCCUCCGUACCUCUGGUUAACAUAGCUGCACUGGCCAAGCUGGGGGCAGUGAGUUACAAUGCCCAAGGUAUUGGUGGGGGUGCCUUUGCUGAUCUAUUGACAUCGGCCUCAGACAACAGUCAUGUGACCUUCAACAGACAGAUAGUGUCUGGAAUGAACAUGUCCAACAUGUCUGGAAUGCCUCCGGUCACCAGCAGGGGGCCGACACCCAUCUCCGAGAUUGGCAUGUCUAUCCAGGGCAACCGACCUCAGACACCGAGUCUAGAGACACUGGCUGGACUUCUCAACCAGAACCAGCCCCCAGGGAUGAGUGGAGAUGGGGGAUCUAUGACAAACAUUGGCACCUUUAACAUGCUGCAAACUGGAGUGGGGUCGGUGUCACAGAACCCUGUGGCGUCUCGGUCGAUGAGCUGGUCCCCCUGGGAGUCUAGUGGAAGUGGCCACAACACCCCCAACCCUGGCAGCAUCACACCCACAUUCACACCAAACAAUUUGACUGACUUUGCAGGUCUGAGUGACAGUACCAGCUCUAUGAACACAGUGGGCUCUAACCAGAGUGGAGUGGGCGGGCCUCCUGUGAGACGGGCCAGCAAGAUGAGUGCCAUGCAGAUCAGGUGCAAGUUUGGACAGCUGGGUCCAGGGAAGGGGCAGUUUAACUCUCCGCAUGGUUUUUGUCUGGGAGCCGAGGAAGACAUCAUUGUUGCAGACACCAACAACCACCGUAUUCAGGUGUUUGAGAAGACUGGAGAAUUUAAGUACCAGUUUGGUAUCCCUGGUCGUGAGGAAGGUCAGCUGUGGUAUCCGAGGAAGGUUGCCAUCUUCAGAGGCUCCAUGAAGUUCAUCGUGUGUGACCGCGGAAACGAGAGGUCAAGGAUGCAGAUCUUCACCAAGAACGGACACUUUGUGAAGAAGAUUGCUAUUCGCUAUAUAGACAUUGUUGCUGGUCUGGCCAUAACGUCUCAAGGUCACAUUGUAGCAGUGGACAGUGUGUCCCCGACUGUGUUUGUCAUCAAUGAGAACGGCGAGCUGAUCAAAUGGUUUGACUGUAGUGACUACAUGAGGGAACCCUCGGAUAUCGCAAUUAGUGGCAAAGAGUACUUUGUCUGUGACUUCAAGGGCCACUGUGUGGUUGUAUUCAACGAAGAGGGACAUUUCCAGCGCCGCAUUGGGUGUGAGAACAUCACCAACUACCCUAAUGGCAUCGACAUCAGCGAUGCAGGCGAUGUACUGGUGGGAGACAGUCAUGGUAACCGGUUCCAUGUGGCGGUGUUUCAGAGGGACGGCUCUCUCAUAGGAGAGUUUGAAUGCCCAUACGUGAAGGUAAGCCGCUGCUGUGGUCUCAAGAUCACAGCCGAGGGGUAUGUUGUCACCCUGGCGAAGAAUAACCACCAUGUAUUGGUGUUGAACACACUGUACAUCUCUUAAAUGGUGAAACUUUGAGGCGAGGUUUGUCAGCAGUUACCACAAGAGGAUUUACCUGCCAGCUGGCCGCUUGAAAUUGUUAGGAUUGUAAUGACUGUUUUUGUUAAUUAAGUUAUCUUUGUGUUUGUUGAUAAUACAAAAGUUGUGUGGAUGUAAUAUUUGCUAUAUCACUGUAUUUUUAUCUUCUAAACAAAUGUUUGAAGAAAUGUUUCAGAUUUAUCAUCCAUUUGUUUUAGAUGCUUCUACACUAAAUGUUCAGUGUUGACCUUCGUUUCGUACUGUACUUGCUACCAAAUUUCAGUACAAACUUACUGUUAUCAAUGCUAUGAGAAACCCGUUGCAGUGGUUUUUGCUGCAAUGAGAGUAAUUUCUUCAGGAAUAAGAACAGUGAUAGAACUUUUUUUCCUUCAACUAUUAGUUCAUCAAAGAAUGAUGUCAUGGUCUCUUAAUGAAGUCAAAUAACCGGUUAUUUUUUAUGUCCAAAGUUAUAAAGCAGUAUAAAUAUACAUGUUCUUUAUUGUAUGUAGGUACAUUCUAUGCUUACCACGCUUACAUUGAUAUUAUUGUUUGGGAUAUUCCUGUCAAAUAACAUAGUACUAGUAGUAAUAGUAGCAGCACUAUUAAAAAGUUGCUUCUAGUAGACAUUCUUUUAUAAUUGAUUGGAAGUGUUGUACAAAUACUGAUGGGUGUGAUUCCAAGCUAAUACAGAUGUGAGUGAUGUUUAGUUUUUUCGUGUAAUCUCAAUAUUUAGAUGCAAUGAUUUAUUUUGAUUUACAUUGUGUUUUAUUUGUGUUUAUGGCAGUUUAGUAUAAAUUUACAUUACAGAAAUUCAUCUGCUGCUGAUUAUACUUAAAUUAUUUUAAGGGUACUCUAUACAUUGAGGAAUACAUAUGAGGAGUUGUUACUCGAAAUCCCUAAUUUUCUUAACACUUGUUUGGGUCUUUUUUUUAGUCUUGUGCAGAAAAAAAAGUUUUAUGGAACAUUUUUCUAACAAUUCAUACCUAAUUGGCUUUAAAGAAUGUUCAAUAAAUCAAGAUAAUGUUUUAAGUACGGAGAUAAUAUGAAGAAAAAUCAAUUAAGCUAAGAAACACUAAUGUUCUGUGAUGGCCCAUGUAAAUAGGUGAUAUAAUAAAGCCCUUGCUUAUUUGUCUAGUCAUAUACUCAGUUUCAUCCUUAUAUUAAAACAUGACCUUUUUUGCUGUGCCUUAUGGAAAUAUUAGUUUUCUUUAUUUAAGUGUUCAUAGUUUAAAUAUGGCUUUACAUUUAGAAAAACAAUUUUGAAAAAAUGUUGACCAAUAUUUCAUAUUUGUUUGUUUUUCUUUGUAUUAUUUUAUUCACAUUUAUAAAAUGCAAAAAAAAAAUAUAUAUAAAGUCGGAUUGCUCAUUUUACUUGUAUAAAUUCAUCCUUUGAAUGGGUGAAACACAUUGAAAUACAUAUUUUGUAUAUUAUAUUUGUUUUGAUGUAUCUAAUCAAAAUAAUAAUGCUAUAUUUACAUGUUAUUGUCAUUGACGUCGGUUUGUGUUGAGCCAUUUAUUAUUUAAAAUGCCAUAUUUGAUUUCAAUCCCCCCUCCCAAGAUGUUAAAAGAUGAAACAUUAAUUAAAGCUAUGUGUUUAACAUAAAAUAGCUUGGUUUCUGACCAUAGAUACAACAGACAAUAGUCCUAGCAAUACUAGUGCUCCCUUUUGAGUGCUAGAAAUGCUCUUAACGGGGGUUUAAACAAUUUGAGGCGUGAUUUUAGAAACACGCAGACAAUCUAGUUUUUAGCAUAUUAACAACGACUUCAUUCAUCUAUAUAAUUAUGUAUAUUAGUGUUCAUUUGUUCUCUUGUCAAAUUCCAGUUUGGUGUUUUUAAGAUUAUAUCUAUAGUUUGAGAAAAAAUACAAAAAAAGUUUUGUAAAGCUGUUUUUAAUAUUUGAAUGCCUUUAUAGUUUUUGAAUUGUUGCAUUUAACAUUUUUAUUGAUUCUUCAAUUGUUUAGAGUUAAUUGUGUUACACUUUACCAUGAUUCUUUCAUAUUUUUGAAAAAGUAUGUCCAAGUACAUGUAUUGAUAUUUUGAUUAACUAUAUACAGUUUGUGAUUACAGUUUACAGUUAAAUGUUGGUGCACUUAUUGUACUUGUUAUUUUUUAAGAAUUGAAAUACCUUGAAAGGUUUUAUGCAGAUAUAUUUUACUUAAAGACCCAAACAUUUUACUAUUGGUAUUAGGUUACAAAAGUGGUGUGUGUGCAGAAUGGAUAACGCUUAAUUAUUUUUACCUUUCAAGGUAUUAAAAGUACAAAAUGAAAUACUCUUGCAUUAUCCAAACAAAAAUAUCAUAAUCAUAAUAGAAAAGAAGUAAAAAAAAAGUAUUUCUGCCUACCAUGCUGAAAUUGAAGGGAGUAUUUACGGUUAUGUUGUCUUAGUUUUUGUUUGGUUAUUUUUUCUUACAUUACUGAAAAGAUGCUUAAUGUUUAACACAGUGCCAAAAAGUGCUGAGCAAUAUUCUCCUGCCUGUCUGUAAAUCCAGAUGUGAUGUGUGAGUGUGCUAUCAUGUGGCCGUCUCUGAGUGCACAAGACUCGCGCCAGUCAUGGCGCGCAGCGCAGGCUGAGUUGGCUAUGUGUCUUUUCUGCAUGGAUACAUGUGACUGAUUUUUGAAAAGCCUUAGUGUGACAUAUCAAUGUAAUGGUGAUUUUUUUUUUUUUCAAAAUGAUAUCAAAGUUUAAAAAAGAAUGUCUUUAAAAUGUGUGUAUGUAAACAUUCUUAUGUAUACUGCUAGUAACAUGGAAAUAUUAAAUGUUUAAACUUUCUACACAUAUAUAUCCAUUAUUAUCCAGGGAAUUUGUUGCUUUGCAAGUACUUGAAUGAGGAAUGUAAAUGUGCUAGAGACUAACUCUUACAUGUUGAAUGAUAUUUUGAUUUCUUUGGUGGUGCUUAAGACAUGAGCAAAAGGUCUCCCUUGUUUCAUUAUUUCCCUAUGAUUUGUUGUAAAGAUUUUCUUGCCGUGUGUUUGUUGCAUCUUCCAUUAAUAUAGCCUCACUCUGGGAAGACUGGGCUUAAUGAAUGCAUAAAGGGGCUCAGUUUAUCCAGAAUGCAGUUCAAUAAGUGUUAAAUUGAGGACUUUAGAAGAUAUGAAGCAGUAUAGUUUCGCGAGUUUAUUUAGUUUAUUAUUUUGUUUAUGUUUAUUGUUUAUUCAGUAUUUACAGAUUAUAGCACUUUAUCAGCAAUUUUUGGGGGGCUGGAAUUUUUUCUGGGGGGAGAACAAUUGUUUUAUUUGUUCUUUUACUUUAUUUUGAAAAUUUACCAACAUUUACUUUCUAUUUGAUUCUUAUAUACCAUGUACUAUAGUUUACAAGUUAUACAUGAAUGCAAUGUCGUGCUCUUGUACAGGUGUAUACCCUCAAUAUUCAGCUUGCUUGAUCAUUAUUUUACUGUGAUUCUUUUUAUCACCUGAUUUUAGAUAUAUACAAAUCGACAACACUUUGCUGUUUAUGCACAUUUUGUUUCAGGUUUCGAGUAAUGUUUGACUAGUAUUAAAGUAACAUUAUAUAUAACCUGUUCAUAUUUUUGUAUCAGUUGAACUUAAUUGGCCUACAAAUCAUUUUGUUAAUGCCCAACAUUUGUUGUUGUUCUUUUUUUUUUUUUUGGAAGAACUUUUUGAUUGAAUGAAUCACUAGAGUCAUUGAAAGUGGCUUUUUAAAACAGCUAUUCCACAUUAUUACCUACAUCAAAGAUGGUCAAAGUAUUGGUUUAUUGUUUUGCUUAAAACAUUGUAUGGUAUGUAAUUGUCUGUUUCAGUAAAUUGUGAUGUUUAAAUGAAGUAUCAAAAUUGAGAGUUUAAGCAUUUUUUUCCCCGCCAAAAUUUUUUUCGGAGGGGAUAUAGUAAUUGGUCCUGUCCGUCUGUCCGGCCGGCCGAAACUUAGUCCGGAGCGUAACUCCAAAUCUAUUCAAUGGAUUUACUUUAAACUUAAAAUAUGAACAGAUUGCAACUAGGAGAAGUGCAGUGACCAAGAACCAUAACUCUAUCUACCUUAGUUUUUGAAUUAUCUCCCCUUUUAUAUAACUUUAAAGUAAAUUUUUGUCCGGAUCAUUACUCUAAAACUAAAGGGAUUUACUUGAAAUAUAAACAGAUGGCAACUAGGAGAAGUGCAGUGACCAAGAACCACAACUCUAUCUACAUUAGUUUUUGAAUUAUCUCCCCUUUUAUAUAAUUUUAAUGUAAAUUUUUGUCCGGAGCAUAACUCUAAAUCUACUGAAGGGAUUUACUUGAAACUUAAAAUAUAAACAGAUGGCAAGUAGGAAAAGUGCAGUGACUAAGAACCAUAACUCUAUCUACCUUAGUUUUUGAAUUAUCUCCCCUUUUAUAUAACUUUAAAGUAAAUUUUUGUUUGGAGCAUAACUCUAAAUCUACUAAAGGGAUUUACUUUAAACUUAAAAUAUAAACAGAUGGCAACGAGGAGAAGUUCAGUGACCAAGAACCAUAACUCUAUCUACCUUAGUUUUUUUAAUUAUCUCCCCUUUUAUAUAAUUUUAAAGUAAAUUUUUGUCCGGAGCAUAACUCUAAAUCUACUGAAGGGAUUUACUUGAAACUUGAAAUAUAAACAGAUGGCAAGUAGGAGAAGUGCAGUGACUAAGAACCAUAACUAUCUACCUUAGUGUUUGAAUUAUCUCCCUUUAUUUAAUUUCAAAGUAAAUUUUUGUCCGGAGCAUAAUGAAUUAUCUCCCUUUAUUUGUUUUUACAAAUAUUCUACUCUCUAAAACAAAUGUUGUCAUACAAGCAAACACAUUUCGGCGGGGAUUUGGCACUACUGUGACAAGCUCUUGUUGGCAACAGCAUUUUGUUUUCUUGCAGAAAAUCAUUGUAGGCAUAUUAUCAGACGAGUUUGAUAACCAAAUGGUGUAGGUAAUUUGGGAGCUGUGGCCAUCGUAUUUCAAUGAAAACAAUAUAAGACAUAUCCGCAAAUUUAAACAACUGUUGUCUUUGAUGUUUAUUAAACUAUACAUUUUCUAGUAAAUCUAAAUGGGGUAUAGUUUUUAUUUACAGCUUGAUACUGAAUGAAAAUGGUUUACACGACAAGUGGCAGUUUUGUUUAAAUAUUGCUCACUAAUGAGCAGAGAAUCUGAUACUUGUUGGAAAUGUACAUAGAUGUAAUAGGCCCGGUUAAUAGUCUUGUUAUUUUGGAAUACAUUCCACGUGGUAUUGAUACAGAUGCAUUUCAUUUAACAUUUGUUAUUAACACUUAGCUUUUGGUUAUAUUGAUUCAGGUUUGAAAGAGAUUGUUUUAUGUAUUAUUUUGCCAUAAUUCCUUUUGGAAAUGUUUUAAACACUCAAAACUUGCUCUUUUUUUCAAAGUUCAUUUUAUAAUAAUCUUGCAAGACAUAAUUCCUUCUGGUUGUGGUUGUUUUUAAUCAGAAGUUAUGCAAAUAAUUUGGCGCAAGUCUAUCCUGGCUAAUUACAAGAAAUGAAUGUAUUUGUUCCAGUUUUUUGUUUUUCAAUUUGUCUAACAUAUUUUUUUGAGAUGAUAUGUUUUUUAAGAGAUGUUCUAUCCACCUAUUGGUGAUUUGUAAACUGCAGUUUUUCUACAGAAACUACACAGUGCAAGUAUUCUUCUGAGGAGACACGGAUAAUAUGAAAAUAUUUAAUAUUUAUUCAGUACAUGCUUAUAUUUUGAGCAGAUAUCAAGAAUAUAAUAGGACCAAAUAUUUAAUAAAGUAUUAUCAUUGUUGUAAUAUUUUUUAUUUGAAGAGAUUCUUUAUUUUACAAUAACAACGCUCAAAAUGGCAUUUUAUUUUGUUUAAAUGUGGUGUUUUUAACACUUUUCUUUUGGAAAGUUUACCUUUUGUAGUUUAAUUGAAGCAUUGUUUAGUACAAUUGAUGCUAUAUAUUUGGCAAAAUGUCCUUUAAUAAUUGUUUCUUGCCAAGUUAUUUCAUACAUUUAUUGUUAACAUUUUCUGUCUCACAAAUAUAUUUUCUUUUGAUUAAGUGCCAUUCCAUUCUGUAUUCCUGUAUUUAUUUUUUGGUUGAUAUUAACCGAUGUAAAAUUUGUUGCAAUUAUCAAAGUACACCUGUGUUUUAAAAGACUGCAAGCCUACAUUUGUAAAUCUGUAAAAUACAUUUUUUAGUGGGCCAGCAUGGUUUAUUUCGUUCUGUAUAGGAGUUUGAAAACCAACAACAGAUAUGUAACGAUUUAGACUGUUUAUUUGUAAACAGUUUAUAAUACAAAUGACACAAUUAAAUGAGCUGAAUACGUAAGUCAUAAAUAUUCACAAAUAUGUACACAAUAACAUAUAUUUUUCUGGGACUUGCGAUAUUAUUGAAAAUGGAAUGUAAAUAUGUUUAUUGCAACCACUCACUUCCAAUUUUGGGGGCAUAAGUCCUAACUAUUUAAGAUGUUUUAUAAUCCAUGCCUUUUAAUCAAUAUGUUACUCGUCCGCACACUUUAUAAACCAUGAUCAUUUUUUUGUUAUAAAAAAACUUAUAUUCAUCUUAUGUUCACCAAUUUUACAGUGUCCAUAUCUCUGUUGGAGAUUUCACUGUUCACACAAACUAUAACAAAGGGCACGGUGAAACAAAGCAUUAAAACAUUUCAAGUAAUUCAGUUUCAGACAAAAACAACAACAGUUACAUCAACAGUUUUGAGUAUAGAGUAAUUGCAGUAAGUCCGUUGACCAUAUUCACAUAUUGGUAUGUCAUUACAAUAACCAACUUAAAGGUUAUAAGUUUACAUCAGUAUUUCUGAAUUUAUAAUAUAUUUUUUGCUUAACUAUUAGUGUAUGUGAUGGCCAUUAUUAUGAUGUUUACCUUUACUGCAUGAAGGUUGUUGGAGUGUUACUAGUUUUCGGAUGCAAACCGAGUAUUUUUUAUAGUUCUGUUAAUUGUUUGAUAUAUAAAAAAAAAAUCAGUCCCAGGAAGUGCAUUGUUGAAAGUUGGUUGUCGCAUACUACAAGACUUUGCAAGAUGUGGGAGUGUGAACAGCUUGUAUGAACUGCCAGGGUAUUCUUUUCCUCUGUAUAUCAGCAUUACAUGUAGGUUAAUAUUAAAUUCCAACCAGAAAGGAGUUUGUGUCGUCUUUAUACAUGUAUUCAUAUAUUAAUCAAUUGUGAGAAUUCGCACAGCUAUUUCUUGUUACUAAUUAACAUGUAUGCAAGUGGAAUAAAGGUUUUUCUUU